AAAGGAUUCCAGCAUGCUACGCAUUAAAAAGCUCUAUAUUUAGCUUCAUUAUUAUCCGAGGAACAUCUGAAAUCAUUGAGUACAGUAGAAUUGAGUUACAAAGUGGAUAGAAAUUCGAUAUUGGAUACGAUGAGUCCAGAAGACGCACACGUCGUUGAACAUAUGUGGCAUGCAGCGGAAGCUUAUCAUUUUAUGAUGUUGGCACAGCGUCAGUUACGAUUUGGUAUUACACGCAAUGCUGUCGCUACUGCAUUGCGCUUGUGCGAUUACGAUGAUAUUUUGCCAGCAGAAGAUGUAUAUAAUAUACUCGCGCUUUCCUGUUGUGCAGAUCGAUCAUUUGGUACAUGCGUCAAGGCUUUUACAAAGCUAGAAGGAAGUUUGGAGAGUAUACCGGAGUGUAGAGUUCAGGAAUAUAAGGCUCGCUGAAAGUUUUUUUCAAAGUAUACCUCUGAAGAUACCAAAAGAGAAAUGGUUAAAUGUUACGCAUGCAACUCGCCGUUACUCGAAAGUCUGCCAGCCUGUAGCAUUGUUGGUGCUCGCUUUCCAGCAUGUGUAUCAUCAGGCAAACCCAUCACUCAACCCACCAGUAAUAUUUGGAUUUGUGGCAUUUGUCAUCAUUGUGCCACCCCAGUUGAAAUCUCACGACAUCAUACCUGCCCUCUUUGUCACAGUUUGAUAAUUUCAAUGACGGUUGAAAUUUAAUUUAAAGUUCAAAGCAUUAUUUCACUUAAAUUAUUUAAAUAAAGCGCAUUUAUAUUACUAA